AUGGCGCAGAUUCAGGUGCAGCACCAGAAUGCAGCGGCUGGGCAUAAUGGAGUGGUGGUGACGCCGGGUGCGGCCGCUCCGGGUGGAGGGGCCAGCCAGUUUCCGACGACUUCACUGUACGUGGGAGACUUGGAUUUCACUGUGACGGAUUCGCAGCUCUAUGAUCUGUUUAACCAGUUCGGUCAGGUUGUUUCUGUUCGGGUUUGUCGUGACCUCAGCACUCGGCGCAGCCUUGGCUAUGGUUAUGUGAACUAUAGCAGCCCCCAGGAUGCGGCAAGGGCUAUGGAGGUUUUAAACUUCACUCCUCUCAAUAACAAGUCAAUUAGAAUCAUGUAUUCUCAUCGGGAUCCCAGUGUCCGUAAAAGUGGAACAGCAAAUAUCUUUAUAAAGAAUUUGGACAAAUCAAUUGAUAACAAAGCAUUACAUGACACAUUUUCAAGCUUUGGGAACAUUCUUUCUUGCAAGAUAGCAACAGAUCCUAAUGGCCAAUCAAAAGGCUAUGGGUUUGUGCAAUUUGACAAUGCAGAAUCUGCCCAAAAUGCAAUAGACAAGCUAAAUGGCAUGCUUAUUAAUGAUAAGCAAGUGUAUGUGGGACAUUUCCUUCGUAAGCAGGAGAGAGAAUCAGUAUUAGACAAGACGAAGUUCAAUAAUGUCUAUGUAAAAAAUCUGGCAGAGUCUACUACAGAUGAUGAUUUGAUGAAAAUUUUUGGUGAAUAUGGAACAAUUACUAGUGCUGUUAUCAUGAGAGAUGCAGAUGGAAAGUCAAAAUGUUUUGGGUUUGUAAAUUUUGAAAAUGUCGAUGAUGCUGCAAAAGCUGUUGAAGCUCUAAAUGGGGCGAAAAUUGAUGAUAAGGAGUGGUAUGUUGGCAAAGCCCAGAAGAAAUAUGAAAGAGAGCAGGAACUCAAAAGUCGAUUUGAUCAGAGUGCCAAGGAGGUUGUAGACAAAUACCAAGGAGUUAAUUUAUAUAUAAAAAAUUUGGAUGACAGCAUUGAUGAUGGAAAACUCAAGGAAAUGUUUUCGGAGUUCGGAUCAAUCACAUCGUGCAAGGUUAUGCAAGAUCCUAGUGGAGUAAGCAGAGGAUCUGGAUUUGUUGCCUUCUCUACUCCUGAAGAAGCUACUCGAGCACUUACUGAGAUGAAUGGGAAAAUGGUUGUCAGCAAGCCACUGUAUGUUGCGGUUGCGCAGCGAAAAGAAGAGAGAAGGGCAAGGUUACAGGCCCAGUUUUCGCAAAUGCGUCCAGUUCCAAUGCCGCCUUCAAUUGCUCCUCGUAUGCCAAUGUAUCCUCCUGGUGCUCCGGGCAUGGGACAGCAACUGUUUUAUGGGCAAGCUCCUCCUGCUAUGAUCCCUCAGGCUGGAUUUGGUUAUCAACAGCAGCUUGUUCCUGGAAUGCGUCCUGGUGGAGCGCCCAUGCCCAACUUCUUUGUGCCAUUAGUCCAACAGGGUCAGCAAGGUCAAAGGCCUGGUGGCAGACGAGGUGCUGGUCCUGUGCAACAGACACAGCAACCUGUGACACUGAUGCAGCAGCAGAUGGUUCCAAGGGGACGAAUGUAUCGAUAUCCUCCUGGUCGUAAUAUGCAAGAUGUACCAAUGUCUGGUACUGCUGGAAGCAUGCUUUCUGUUCCCUAUGACAUGGGUGGCAUGCUUCCCCGUGAUGUGGUCGUUCCACAGCCUAUGCCUAUUACUGCUCUGGCUUCUGCCCUUGCAAAUGCAUCGACUGAACAACAGAGGACGAUGUUGGGCGAGAACUUGUACCCUCUUGUUGAUCAGCUGGAGCAUGAGCAUGCGGCCAAAGUUACAGGCAUGCUUUUGGAAAUGGACCAGACUGAGGUUCUGCAUUUGCUCGAAUCACCUGAUGCAUUGAAGGCAAAGGUAGCUGAGGCUAUGGAUGUCUUGAGGAAUGUGGCUAACAGCCCAAGCGACCAACUUGCCUCACUUUCCCUCAAUGACAAUCUUGUUUCUUGA